AUGGAUCUGUCUCGCAGACUAGACAUAAAACACAUUGACAAAUUUGAUGGCACUAACUACCAACAAUGGAAGCACGGUCUCCUUAUGGAGUUGGAAUUGGUCGAGCUCCUAGAUAUUGUUGAGGGUUACGAACAGUGCCCUGAUGAGAUAUUUGCAGAUGAUGCAAAUUUUGAAGACGAGAAUAAUUAUCCUAUACCUACAAACAUUGGCGCUCUAAAAGAAUGGAGAAAGAAAGACUGCAUUGCAAGGACCAUGAUUUAUCACACAAAUGACAAAGAACGUCAGAAAGGGCAAGACUCGUACAAGAAGAACGAAAAAUUAAAAGGAGGAAGCCUGAAAGCAACGCAACAGGUCAUAGUAAUGAAGAUGGUGCAUUUAUUGGCCAGCAUCAUUCUCACCGACAAGACAAUCACAGAAGGCCGCCUAAGAAGUGCUCGAACUGUCCUAACUAUACCAAUCACUGGUCCAGAGACUGCGCAACUCAGCAUAUUGUCACACGAGUUGUCUUCCAAGAUGUUCACCCUUUCCGAUGUAUUGUCCGAUUGGAGGUAUUUUGACGUUGCCGUUGUGCGCCUGAAUGUAAGUGAUCGGAGGCUGUUUGCCACACUCCUAAACGAUGCUAAGGUUACGGGUACCUCUUUGGAUUUUACACCGUUUUCAGGGGAAGUUUGGGAAUUGUACUUCUAUUACAGUAUGUAUCCCGGCUACGCGAAGUAUCGCGAUUUUUAUUCCCACAACUAUGCUUGA